AUGACUUUACCCACUGGUCUACAAUCCUUGCUACCGCAAAAAUUUCUAGGUUUUAUUCCCCUUUUCAUAGGCGUGGAAGUAAUUUUGGGAGUUACUAUACUUAAUAAAGCCAGUGGGUUGUAUGGUAUAUUAUCUCUAUUUACAGGACACCCUAUAAACUUUUUGCAAUGGCUAUAUAAUUCGUUAGCGUUGUUAAUGUUGCCAGUUUACGUUAUGGCUUCUAUUACAUUAGAGAACCAGACCAAGAGUCCUCGUAAGAUUUCUUUUGCCACUGUUGUUUUUUGCUUGGAUACGCUUAUUGGGACUUUUUACACCAUGUACUUUAUUUACUUUUGGUUCACAGAAGAUGGUAGUGGUGGUGGUGCAGCUAGACAUGUUAGAGCUGAGUCCCUGAUUUCAGCAUCGUCGCCACAAUCUGCUUCUCAGCAGAGGGAGUUAUUUUUCAUUUUUAGCACUACGAUAUUGACCACGGCUUUUAGGUACUAUUUCACCUUGGUCAUGUUGAGUUUUACCAAGAUUCUUUUGAAACAAAAUGCACAGGAACUUAGGUACAAGAUUGAAAGGACCCAAGAAAGUGAAAGCAGCUCAUCUGAGUUCAUCAUUGAGGAUCCAGAAGAAGCCGAGAUUGCUAACUCUACAGGUUUGAUGGGGGAGUUCAAGAAUGCUGUAUUUGACUUGGAAAUGCGAUCAAAGGAUUUACUUGACGAAAUAUUGAAUUGA